AUGGCAAGCGCGCACGGACGAAAUGAAAGCCUAUGUCCAGAAGCGCAAGAAAAAAAAUUCAAGAGAAUUUUUGGAAGGAGCUGGGGUUGCAUCGACAUUCCGGAAGGAGGACUUGGAAAGACAAAUGACGGCAAUACAGCGCGGCGAUUUUUCGACAACACUUCUUCGGCAGCUAAUAUUCUGCAAGUUGAUGAAGAAUUGUUGGAAAAUGCGGAAAAAUUCCGAAAUUUCUGCUUGGGCAUUGCCCGAAGAUAUGUUGAAUUGUACAAGUGGUUCCCUAUGCCCACUUCAUGUCACGCCAUACUUAUUUACGGCGCCGACAUCAUAGAGUCGAUCGCAGUUCUCAGAGUCCCUAAAUAA